CUCCCAUACCCCGGAUGUGAUUAUUGUGUUUGUGUCGGCAGAGAAGGAGAUGCCUCUGCCCGUACAGGUCUUUAACUUUCAGGGGGCUGUUGAGCCGAUGCAGAUCGAUGCUGACCCCCAGGAAGACCAGCAGAAUGCUCCAGACACCAACUAUGUGGUGGAAAACCCCACACUGGACCUGGAGCAGUUUGCGUCCAGCUACAGCGGUCUGACGCGUAUUGAGAGACUGCAGUUCAUAGCACAACAUUGUCCCCAGCUCCGCGCCGAGGCCCUGAAGAUGGCCCUGUCCUUCGUCCAGAGGACCUUCAACGUAGACGUGUACGAGGAGAUCCACCGCAGACUCAACGACGCCAAGCGACAGGCGCAGGGUGUCCCUGACGCGGUGCCUGAUGGGCCGGCGGAGGCCCCUCUCCUGGACACAGCCUGGGCAGAGAGCACCAGGAAAAAGGCCCUUCUCAAACUGGAGAAGCUGGACACUGACCUCAAGAACUACAAGGGAAACUCCAUCAAAGAGAGCAUCAGGCGGGGUCAUGAUGACCUUGGGGACCACUAUUUAGACUGUGGAGAUCUCAGCAACGCCCUGAAGUGUUACAGCCGAGCCCGAGACUACUGCACUAGUGCCAAGCAUGUCAUCAACAUGUGUCUGAACGUCAUCAAGGUUAGCGUUUACCUCCAGAACUGGUCCCAUGUACUUAGCUACGUCAGCAAGGCAGAAUCCACUCCAGAGAUUGCUGAGCAACGAGGAGAGAGAGACAGUCAGAACCAAUCUGUCCUCACCAAACUAAAAUGUGCUGCGGGUUUGGCAGAGCUGGCCUCUAGAAAGUACAAACCGGCCGCUAAGUGCUUCCUCCAGGCUUCAUUUGACCACUGCGACUUCCCAGAGCUCCUGUCCCCCAGUAAUGUCGCGGUGUAUGGAGGGAUGUGUGCCCUGGCCACCUUCGACAGACAGGAACUACAGAAGAACAUCAUCUCAAGCAGCUCCUUUAAGUUGUUUUUAGAGUUGGAGCCCCAGGUGCGUGACAUAAUCUUCAAGUUUUACGAAUCAAAGUACGCAUCCUGUCUGAAACUACUGGAUGAGAUGAAGGACAACCUUCUAUUGGACCUGUACCUGGCCCCCCACGUUAGAACACUGUACACACAGAUCAGAAACAGAGCCCUUAUACAGUACUUCAGCCCGUAUGUGUCUGCAGACAUGACUAAGAUGUCCCAGUCCUUCAACACCACAGUGUUAUCUCUGGAGGAUGAACUGACCCAGCUCAUACUGGAGGGACUGAUCAACGCACGUAUAGACUCUCACAGCAAGAUCCUGUAUGCGAGGGACGUGGACCAGAGGGGCCAUACGUUUGAGAAGUCUGUCCACAUGGGCAAGGAGUUCCAGAGACGAUCCAAAGCCACGAUCCUCAGAGCUGCUGUGCUGCGCAACCAGAUACACGUCAAGUCCCCUCCUAGAGAAGGCAACCAGGGGGAGCUAUCAACAGCCAACAGCCAAACAACCAGGAUGAGCAGCACCAUGUGACAGGGACGUCCCGUCAUGACACCAUCGCUGGCUGUGUCUGGCACUCUGCUCCCUAUAUAGUGCACUACCCUAUGGGGCCCUGGUCAAAAGUAGGGCGCUAUGUAGGGAAUAGGGUGCCAUUUGGUACACAGACGAUACCUGGUGCCUCUGAAUGAACAGAGGGAGUGUGGGGUGCCUGUCCACAACAGCUCUCAGGUAGUGCCCUUCUUUUGGUCAAGUCAAAGCUACAACUGCUAAGCUGGAGUCUGGCCAAAAGUGGGGCACAUGGUGUCAUUUGAGAAGCAGCCUAUGACAACGUUAGCAAAAAAAACCACCUGCGUCCCCUCAAACGGCCCCCUGUCCCCUAUGGUGCUCUACUUUUUACCAGGGCCUACGUUUCCUGGCGGGAGAGAAGACAAGAACAAACUCAAUGUAAAUAAGAUGUCUGACACAUGAAGUUAAAAUAAAUGAACGUUUUGGAAGAGACGAGGUACUUCCAGCUGCAGCUGGCUGGUUCUUUGUAAGGAGAUGCACUUUGCUCUGUACCGGGUGACAAACACUGAUUACACAUUGGGAGGGAAAAACACAACCUCGACACAGAACAAGCUUUUAAUAAAGAUACAUACUAAAUGAGA